AUGUAUAACCGUUACUCCCCAUUUACACAUCUAAGCCAAAUGUCUGUCGAUAUCAGUUCCCUUUCCAUUUCGGGGACUGGAUUUGAUGAGAUAGCAAUGGAUCAGUAUCAUCAGAUUCUGAAAGUUGCUAUAGCUUCGUACAGGGUCGAGCCUCGGUUUAGAAAAAGAGUAUUACCAAGACAUGUAUCUAACGAUGAGAAUAGUGAUUCCCAUUUCAAGAAGCCCAAGGUCAUCAAAGUCUCCUCUAGGACUAUAUCAGAUCUUCGAAAAUAUCUGAACCCGUUGAAAAAGGGCAAACCAGUUAAACUUAUCUCCACAUCUUUAUCAACCCAGGUUUUCAACGCGCUUUUGACUUAUCUAACUAAGCUGGACAAAUCCAAACAAUUGGAGACUAUAGAGAAACCAGAGAACUUCUUGAGGCAGUUUAUGUUAAUUGCUACUAGAGAGCUGAAAACUUUGAAGGGUCAAAUGUUUAUGGAUUCCUUGGAUACCCAAACUACAAUAUUCUUAUCAAUAAUGCAAGAAGUAGUGAAGAACGAUAAAGAAGGUGAUUCUAUUAUGAAAAAACUUCAAGAGGCUAGAUUUACUUUAUCUUCCUCUUCAAACAACGUUAAUGAUUUUGAGUAUAUUAUGCCAUCGUUCAAGCUCUCCGAGAUGAGCUUAGCGCAGCACGUUGGUGCUAUAUUCCAAAUCGAUGAUAAGGAAUUGCAAAAUGAUAUUCUUUCUUUGAAAAACAAUAUUACCCCGGACAAGAUAAUUCACGAUCAAAAGACUUAUUUGGUCAACUGUCUGAAACAACAACAUCUCGUCUAUCAGAAACGGGAUUUCUUAGACUCCAGUUCUUUUACUAAUUGGCUCAAGGUGGAAUCGUUAAACACAGAAAAUUAUAUUAGCCAGAUUGAUUCCAAACCAGUCAAUCUGUGUGAACCUUCGGCUUUUUUCAACCUUGUUCCCAGAUCAAGUGCUCUGUAUUACCAAACUCUCCUAGAAAAGUGUAUGCGAUACGACUCACGGAUGAAUGCAAGUUCAAACACACCAUUAUUGUCUACCUCAUCCAGAGAAUUGAUCGAAGAAUGCGUUAAAAUCUGGAGGAUUGAUGCAUUUACAGCAAUGAUCUAUUUUUUCAAAACAUCAUGCUCUACUGUUUUGAGUACCAGUGAUGGCUCCAUAAACUCCGAUCUAUUUUUUCUGGUAUUGAAUCUUAUGAAAAAGUAUUUGACAGACCUAAAACUCUCCAUCGAUAAAUCAACAUGGCCAAGUAAAACUCGAUUAGAAUGGAUAGAUUGUUUAGAAAUAUGCUAUUUAAAGACCAUGAAGGGGAUUCAGACCUGCAUCUCACAGGUGCUGACUUCAAAACCACCGUUUUCUCAAUAUCUCAAUGUCUUAGCGGAGAUUGAACAGGAUUCUCUCUUCAGAAAUAUUGUUGCCAAACAUGUCCCAGAUAAACUUGAGAAGCAGCUAAUUCAUAAACUUAAUGAUACUAUUCUUUUGAGAUACAAGGAUCUGCUUACAGAAAUCCCAACAGAUAACACCAUCGAUUUGAUUCAUAUUGCUGAUCUAUCAAGAAAGAUUGUUGAAGAUACAAAGAUGUUGCAAAAAAGAUAUAAACACCCUCUUCUCGGAAAAAUACCUAUUGCACCAACCUAUGCCAAACGUAUAAUUACUGAUUUUGCAGUUGAUGCUAAAUACAUGCUGAAAAGUAUUAAACAAAAUUCGGCAGACAUUUCGUUUGCUGACGCUUUAGAUAUUUAUAAGACUCUUAGCGAGAUCCGAGACAUAUUCACCCAAGUUACUGAUACGCCAUUCAAAUUUGAUCUAGAGAAAGGUUUUUACAAGUAUCUCAAAAAUUGGGCCAUCAAUGCUUCAGAGCAAAUCGUUGCAGUGACAAACACUGCUGUUGCUCAGGAUGACUUGGGAUGUGCAUCUCCUGAAAAUGACAUAUUAUACAGUACGUCUGUGAAGGAUAUAUUCAUGAUGAUAAACCAAAAUGUUAGUUUUUUGAAAGAUCUGAAUUGGAAGAAUGAAUAUCAUCUGGCUAAAGUUUCUACUCUGUUAUUCCAGUACAUCUCAAUGGCUCUUAUCACAUACUGUGACAAAAUGUACGACACCAUUGUUGCUGAUUUGGAUGAAGAGGAUCAGAAAAAUGUAGCUACAACUUUACCUGGUGAAACUAACUCUUAUGACUCUCUGUUAUCAGGUACCUCUGCUUGGAUUGCUGACAUGAAAGCAGCAGUUACAAGAUCACAAAAAUUAACUCCUCCAGAACCGUAUGCCUUUAAGAAUCGGACAUGUGUUGCUCUCAAUAAUAUAGUGCAAUGUUUGCAAAAUCUAGAUGAACUUGAAGACAUAUUGGACCCGGAAUAUGUCUCUAAUGUUAUGAAUAGAGAGAACCCUUCAAUUUUCAAAGAAUACACUAAUCAUUUUUUCACUAUCAAGGUUGUGCAAGCUGAAGGAAUUAAGAGUCCUGUUGGGAAGGAUGCCCCAGAUGCAAAUGUGUGGCUCAGCAAUAAUAAUACUAAAAAAGUGUUUGCCCGUACCAGAACAAUUCCUAGCAGUGAUAGACCAGAAUGGGAUGAAGAGUUUGAGGUAGUGCUAUUUCCUGGAGCCUCUGUCAGUAUUCUAGCAACGUUAUGGGAUAAAUCAUUCAAGAGAUUUAGUUCUGAUGCUGUUAUAGGCAGGACAUUGUUUCAUCUUAGCCCCAAAGAGUUUAAUAACAAUGGAAUUCCAAGAGAUCUUAUUUUGAAUCUUGAUACUGAAGGAACUUUAGUUCUUCAGGUAUCCUUGGAAAGUGAGAGGGAAGAUGCUUUAUUUUGCAUGGGAAAGACUAGGAGGUCACUAAUACACGCUAGAGACAGGGUCAUUAAGCUAAUGGUAGGAAAGUUUUCUCCGUUCAUUCAGUUUGCAUUUUCAAGAGAUGUAUUAAAGAAUGCUUGUGGAUCGAAUGGACUAUUGCUGAUAUCAGAAGAGCAACGAAUCGAUGUUAUCUUGCCUCUUUUUGACUAUUUGAACUCUAAUUUGGACAUUCUGGCUCGUAUCUUACCCGAAUCUUUGUUGCAGAAAGUUAUUCUUCAAAUGUGGAAUGUUGUGUUGGCAUCUGCUGAACAUCUGAUACUUCCAUUAUUAUCAACAGUGAAAAUGGCUAAAAAUUCAAACAAAUUGUGGUCUAACAUUAACUUCAACUCUGGAAUGAACAUAGCAGGAUUCGGGCGUCCUCUAACUCCCCUCGAAGUGAAGACGGUUUUUGAAUGGUUACAUGUCCUUUGUUAUGAACAGUUCUACAACGAGGGAGAGGGUGCAUCACUAGAGAAAUUACAGAACUAUCAAUACAAACUGUUACUCAAGGUAUCUGAACAUUAUGAGAAACCUGUUGGUGAGAUUCUUUCCAAAGUAAGAGAAUGCGAACCAAUGACUAUUGAGCACAUCCGAGAGAGAAAUUAUUUUUAUAUAACCGUUGACUCUAAGGAAAAGAAACUUACUAGAGCUGCGACGAUAGCUCGACAAAAGACCAUAGGAGCACAAGGGUCUAAAAAGCAAAUGCAUAAGGCAGCCGAGGAUGUAAAGAUUGCCCAAGAAACUGAUUCCAAUGCUAACGCUGCUGCUUUCGAAGAUAUGCUUUUGAGAAUACUUCUCACCAAGGGAGAGAUGGGAUUUGUUGCUGAGCGUUUGGAGCAGCGUGAAAAAUUUACUCAGAGCGUUUCUGCUGAAUCUUUUGCCAGAGCUGCGGCUGCUGGUGCAUUCAAUGGUAUCAGAUAG